AUGAGGGCAGAGCCUCCAGUGAAGGAAAUACAGCAAUCAAUUAGGGUUUCAGAGGCAAGUGUGAAAGUCGGGGUUGUCAUCCAAUGGAAUUAUACUAAUGGAAGAACUAAAUGCAUACUGUCUCUAGUGAACACAAGACAGCCUCAUAACAAUUUUGGAGGAGAAAUGAAUAGGGUUUAUAGUGACAGAUUCUCCUUUUCAUGUUUCCAGCCCUAUGCCUUCACUGCCAGACCUUGGGAAAUUCGCCGCACUGAUUCGGUUGAUGUGCUUGACGCAGUUGGCUCAAACAUUGUUGUCAACCAUCGCACUGGUGAGGUCCUCAGGGUCUUGCCCAUGACGAAUGAGGAGAUCAAUGAGGAAUGGCUGUCUGAUAAGUCACGGUUUGCCAUUGAUGGGUUGAAGCGCCAGCGUUUGAUUCACCCCAUGGUAAAGGACUCUGCCGGAGAGCUCCGUCCUUGUGAGUGGGAAGAUGCACUUAUUGUGGCAGGAAAGGCUCUGAAAGCAGCCAAUGGCUCUGUUGCUGCCAUUGCUGGAGGACUGGUUGAUGCUGAAUCACUGAUUGCUCUUAAGGACAUGGUUAACAGACUUGGUGGAGAGUCUGUUUGCACUGAGGAGGUCUUCCCUGAUGCUGGAACUGGUACUGACCUGCGAUCCUCUUACCUGCUCAACACAAAAAUUGUCGGUGUAGAAGAAGCUGACUUGGUUUUGUUCGUUGGCACCAAUCCCCGGUUUGAGGCAGCACUUUUCAACGCCCGUGUUAGGAAAGCCUGGGUACACAAUGAGCUUGAUGUUGCAAUGAUCGGACCCAAGGUGAACCUCACCUAUGACUAUGAGCACCUUGGUGAUGAUGUAAAGAUUGUGAACAGCCUCCUGAAUGGAACUCAUCCCUUCUCGGAGAAGUUGGCUGCUGCAAAGAAGCCCAUGAUUGUUGUUGGCACCAAUGCUUUGUCCCGAGAGGAUGGUGGUGCCCUCCAUGCACAGCUGGUACAGCUUUCUCAGAAGCUGCGCAGUGGUUGUGAAGGAGAAUGGCGUGUGUUGAAUGUCCUACAGCAGGUAGCGUCACAGGUGGCUGCCCUCGACCUUGGCUAUACUCCAGGAGUGGCAGAUAUUCGCAAUAACCCUCCCAAGGUGCUCUUCCUACUUGGAGCAGAUGAGGGUGCCAUUACCCGGGAGGACCUGCCAAAGGACACAAUCAUUAUUUACCAGGGUCACCAUGGAGACCAUGGAGCGACCAUUGCCGACGUGGUCCUGCCAGGUGCAGCUUACACUGAGAAGACAGCAACCUACGUCAAUAUGGAGGGACGUGCCCAGCAGACCAAGGCAGCGUUGGUUCCACCAGGCAUGGCCCGUGUUGACUGGAAGAUCAUCAGAGCUCUGUCUGAGAUUGUAGGAGCUACACUUCCUUACGAUACCCUAAAUGAGGUGCGCCAUCGCAUGGCGGAAGUCUCGCCCAACUUGGUGAGGUACGGAGAUGUCGAGGAGGCCAACUACUUUGCACAGGCAUCAGCACUUGCAAAGCUGGUGAAAGCGAACUUUGAUGCGGCUCCUCUGGACGUUCCCUUGAAGAAGCUGGAGGACUACUACAUGACCAAUUCUGUUACCAGAGCCUCCCCAACUAUGGCCAAGUGCAUUGCCGCAGUGAAGAAAGAAGCGAGUAACAAGUUUCAUGGAUAAGGGUGUCAUGGCAGUUUGUGUUAAAUAAAUUUAAUUAGUUAAAAAAAAAAUAUUAAUGAGGGUAGCUGGUUGUCUAGUUGCAGGAAAACCUUUUAAAUUAUUACAGCCAUGAUGAUAUAUAUUUAUUACCCAUUACUUUUGAACUAAUGAUAACAACUGGAGACUGCUAGACACCCCCCCCCCCCUCCUUCAAGAUUUUGAUUGUAAUAUUUAAAGCAUUAAGAGCACCUAAGUAGGAUUUCAGUUUGGCACUUCAGGGUAAAUGAACCAGUCUGAAAUUCUGCUAAGUUUGCCUUCCUGUAAAGAGUUUCUAUGAGGUUUGUUUUCAAGCUAUUAGAAAUAAACGUUGAAUUUGUCAUGGAUAGAAACAUUCAAACACUUGAGGAAGAAGUACUGCUGGAGGUGGUAGUGUAAAAAUGUCUAUUUUAUUUGUACAGUAUGUCCUAAUAAUAAGAAUUUAUAAA